UUUGUUCGCGAGAUUGCUGAAGAUCGCAAGAGCUUCGAGGACGUGAAGCAAAAAUUCACUACUUUCCAAAUCGACUCCCACCGCGUCGAUAGCAAAGCCCCGGAGUCCUUCAAGCGCCGUCCUCAUCCUCCUCCUCCCGCCCCGAAGCGGCUUGUCUUCUUCUCCUGGUGGUUCGAGGAGGCCGUGAAGAAGUACAUCGAGCUGAGGUACGAUAUGGAAGCCAAGAAUUUUCAGAUCAUUCUCAACAAGAGCGUCGCCCUGAGGGACGUGAAGAUUGCAGGACGGGACGGUGAGCAGCUUCAGUGUUGGGAUCUCUUCGUGGGGCAGAAGAUCGACGUGCUGGGAAAGCCGACGACCCUCAUGCAGGCGUCACAUUCGACCCUCAUGUGGCUGGAGUAUCACUCGAGGAGGCUGCUCAAGAAGGCGCUGGAGAUUGAGAAUGAGAUCAUGCAGUUCAAACCGAUCCCCGACAUAAUCCACCGCAUGCUCCAGACCCGCAACUUGGCAAACGGGAACUUGAGCUUGCGCUGGAUCAUGCGGCACAUCUCUAUGCUCACGACGCAGCUCUACCGCAUCAAACCGUCGGAUGCUCACUGAACGAGGAGGAGGAGGCGAGAGGAUGUAAAUAUGUUCAUUGAC